UCACUAGUGUAAUCGGCUGGCCGUCUGUCUGCCAACCAAUCGCUAUAAGCGGCCACCAAUCGCCUUACGUCCGGAGGAACGCGUGUCGCAUGGCGAUAGAUAGAGCGCGCUAAACUCGUUUUAUGAAAUAUUCCUUUAUUCCGCCGGCCGGCUUCUCGUAGUUUUUGUUUUUGAUUCCAAAGGCAAACAUAAGAAGUGUGCGUGUUACGGUGGCUAUAGUAACUUUCCUUAGUAAUUGGCAGGAAUCUGUGUUUCUAAAUAAAGAACCCUCUCACUUCUGAAGCUCUUCGUAAACCAUGUCUGUAAAAAAGAAGAAUUUGGACGCCCACUUGGCGGAGAUAUUCAAGCAGUUCGUAGCAAUCAAAGAUGAGGACUUCAAGAGGUCCCAGGAAGUAUUCAAAAGCGUGUUUGAGGAAGUCAAAGCGAAGAUGGGGGAGAAAUGCAACUAUUUCUCCAAAUACAGCGGUCAGGUCCUUUACGCCGGUAGCGUCUACGACGGCAUCAAGGUAUCCCGUCUGGACGAGUUCGACAUGGACAUCGUCAUCCGCCUGCCCAUCAACUACGACAACGGCGAGAACGGCAUCAUCAUCGAGAACGACCAGCCCGGCUUCGUCAAGAUGAAAAUCAUCAACGCCUUCGACAACCUGGACAAGCAACCGGAGUGGGAGAAAUGCCACAAAGUCACCAGGGAGUGGAGAGACUCCGAAAAGUAUUUCCUUCAGAACAAAUUCCGGCAGUGGAUGCACGGGACUGUGCAGAAAGCAUUGAACGAAAUGGACGGGAAGGUGGUCGUGAAUGGGGUGACUUACCUGAUCAAGUACAAGGAGUCGGGGCCGGCUUACACCCUGAACAUCAGGAACGAUAAGGGCGACCCGGAGUUCAACCUGGACGUGGAUUUGGUUCCGGUCAUCAGGUUUAUGCUGCCCCGUUGGCCUGAAGGCUAUAGGGCCGUUCCCGGUGGCCAGCAAGCCAAAGAAUGGCUUGUAGUACCGAAGCCUAACAAAGGAUUAAAGGACGAAACCAUGAAGAACCGGUGUUGGCGCCUUUCCUUCCAGGACUACGAGAGAGAGCUGAUGAAAGGCUGUCAGCAGCUGAAAACUACCAUCAGAUUGAUCAAAAAACUUCGGGAUGCGCUCGAAUUGAAAGCUAUCGCGAGUUACUACAUCAAGACGCUGUUCCUUUGGAAGAUUAUGAAUGAAGAUAAGAAGUUUUGGCAGAACAAGAUAAGCGUCAUGUUCCGCAUCAUGGUGCAGGAGCUCCGGGACGCCAUCAAGGCGAAGAACAUCCGCUACUUCUGGCACCAGGACAACAACCUCAUUGAGGGCCUGAAGCCCACGCUCCAGAAGGUCUACGUGGAUAAACUGACGGAAGUCCUAAACAGCAUCGAAGCGAACGACGUCGAUAAGAUCGUCGCAUCCUUACUAACCGUCACCGAGCUGACAGAAUUUAAGAAGUCAGAGUUUUACCAAAAAACCGCCGCCGCUGCUGCUGCUAAAGACGUCAGGGACGGAGCUUCCAGCGUAAGUAGACAGAGCUCAGUCGCGAGCAACGCAAGCGGGAACAAUUCUCAGUCUAGUCAGGACAGUGUUCCCAAAUCUGGUAACAAAUCGAAGGUUGACAACGAUCUUCUCAAAACUUUGAUGGAUAAAAUCGACGUACUCGUAGACAAGGUCACGUCGCUCGAGGAUAGGAUGCUGAGGUUGGAAAUGCGAAAUGGUUUGAAAAAGAAUGAUACCAUAACAAUCAACAAGGAUAUUUUGAGUUUAGUCGCGGACACUACUGCUAUGCAGAUGGAUGAUCCAAAGAAAGAUUCAACAGUGGAUUCCUUAAUCGAAUUUAACUGAUUUAUCCAAACUUUUUCCUAAACUAGGUAUUUGCUUAAUGAUAUUUUAUUGAAGUCUGCGCAAACGAGAGGUUUGGCUACUACGUGUUGAAUUUAUCAUUGAAUACUGUAAAACCUAAGUUUCUCGUCUGCGCAUUCUUCUGGACUGAUGUAAUUCAUAAGCAAUUUUAUGAUAUUUAUAUUGUAAUCAUUCCUAUGGACUAAUUUUAUUAUUAUUUUAUCGAUUAUUGUUGUUACGCAUAUAAAUUAGGCGACAGUUUCAGCUACCCAUUGCCGUUUUUGUCUCGUUCUCAUCAAAUGGCGAUUCUUUGCGAUAGAACGAGACGACAUGACCGGAUAUGGGUAGCUGGAAGUGUGGCCCGUAGUAGGUCUUUGUGUGUUGUUUUAUUUAGAUUGUGACUUUAGAUUUUCUCGCAGGUGCUCAGUGCUACUAAGCAGUCCGUAGUACGGUGUAAACUUUGACCACAGACAUUCACAAUUUAUGUGACAAAGAAGAAAAAUUAUCAACUCUGAAUGGAACAGUCAUGUAGGUAAAUUAUUUUCAGUACGUCACAAUAAUUUAAUUAUUUGAGAUAAGAAUAUAUGCAAUUUCAUUAUGAUGAUAAUUCUAAAUGUACGAACGAUGGUACAAAAAGUUACAGUGGUACGUCAUCAAUUGUAUCUUAAUAUCACAGGAUAUAACCAAGCCUUUUAUGCAUUUAUUUUGAUAGUUUACUUUGUAGCAACCAUAGUUAGUGACCCAAACAAGUUUGCUUUUACAAGCGUUGAAUGUUAUGAUAGUGUAUCGAUCCUUUGUGUGGGUUGUAACAACGGAUGUCAGAACCUAGCUGAACGAUUCGUUAUAACCGUAUUCGAUAGAUUUUGGUUAAUCUCUCCCUGUGAGUACAAAUCGGGAAAUACGUGAGUCGGUGAGCUCCACGAUAUUAAUUUAAUUAUUUGAUGGUCUCUAUUAUGUAUAGCGUUAGUUUAUUAUAAUAAAAAUGAAUUUAUAUUAUGUU